GUCCGGAACCUUAACAUUCCUCGCUCCCUUGCGUCACUUUACCCUUCAAGGAAGGCACGACUGAUUACUUAAGUGCCUUUUCAUGGUUUUUGCUAUCUCAGAUCUUCAUCUCCAAGUUCACAAUGCCCUCCGCAUCUCUCACAAACCGUGACCUGUUCAUCCUCGAAAAAAUCAAGGAUCCAGAAUCGGGUCCCUCAGCACCCGUUCUCAUCGACUCUUCACUUCCUCGAGACCCCCACAUCACAGACGAUGUUGUCUACCAAAAGGUAACUCAGUCAGAACGAGCUAUCAUCUCUUCGAUGCAAGAUGUUGAACUCCAGAUUGCAAACCUGAAGCCAGUCGUUUCGGAUCCAUUAGCCCAGUACCUCUCGAGCGUUGAAAGGCUGGGUGAACUGGUUGAAGAGUACCCCGAUUAUGCUAGUGCGAGGAACAACAGAGCCCAAGCUUUGAGGAGGAUAUAUGGGGAUGGAAUAUUGGUGAAGGGGAACUCGGAGAAUUUGACGGAUGAAGCAACGCCUCUGCACAAUGAAGCUUCAGAUGAAGAUCUAAAAGCUGCGUCAUACACCAUCCUUGACGACCUGAGUAGUGCGAUUAGCUUGCUCGCACCAGCAACACCUUUCAUGGCUAUCUCUACACAAGCAGCAAAAACACUCUCACAAGCAUACACCCAACGAGGAGCAAUAUAUCACCUAACCGCCAAACACCUAUCUAAACAAAACACAGGACUUCGAAUCGAUCCGGGACGAACUGAACCCAAAUGGUCAGUAGUUGACUUUGAAGAGAACGCAUCGAGAGACUUCAUGAUGGGUGGAAGGUAUGGUAAUGAGAUUGCGAAAGCGUUGGCUGUGAGUGCGAAUCCAACGGCGAAGUUGUGCGGGGAAAUGGUAAGGGAGGCGAUGAGGAAGGAAUAUGCUAGUGGUGGUGUCUCGUGAGAUGUUCAGGCAUUGGAGUUUGGGCUCAAAGCAGGGUUGUUAGGACUCGAUGUAUAAAUUAGAAGUCUUCAGGAUAACAAUCUAUUGUUAAGGGAG